CUCAGAGAAAUGUUUUGCUGCUUUGUUUCUGUCGUAUUUGAUAUUUUCAGUGCAGGCUAUAAAGGCUGACUGUCAAGGAGGCGACUGUGAGGAAGAAAAGCAAGAUGAAGAAUCUGGUUACUGUGACAAAGAAAAGCAAGAAGAAUCUGGUUAUUGUAACAAAGAAAAGCAAGAAGAAUCUGUUUACUAUGCUAGAUCUAUCUGGUCAUCAAUAUUGGAGCUGGAGUGGCCGCUGCAGUAGGAGCGGCUAUACUGUACCAUCAACAAAUAGCCACCACCGAGGGCAAGGCUCAGAAAGAGAAAAUAGCAAGAAACCUAGGCCUAGCAAUAAUUAACCAAGAAGAAAUAGAACCUUACUUAGAAAGUUAGAAUUACCUAGACCCUUUACUUUUACUUAUUGUAUCAAUAUUAGAUAGAUUUUCCCAUAGAUUUUAUAACUACGUAAUUUAUGAUUAUCCGUUCCGGCGGCGCCGUCCCGGGAAAAUCCGAGGGAGUUCCCCGACAUGACUAUGACAACUGGACAGUGUCAGUGAACAAUGGUUUUCUCAAAGAAAUAUUUUGUUGCUCUGUUUCUUUCUUAUUUGAUAUUUUCAGUGCAGGCUGAUGGAUGUAAAGAAAAAAAAGAAGAUUCUGGUUAUAGCUGGUCUACCAUUGCAUUGUAUGGAGGUGUUGCUGUUUUAGGAGCAGGCGUAGCUGUGGCAGCAGCUCCAGUUGCAGUUGGUGCCUUAGGAUUUGGCGCUAGUGGAAUAGCUUCUGGCUCUAUUGGUGCCUCUAUGAUGUCAGCAAUGGGUCCUGUAGCUUCUGGUAGUAUAGUUGCUACAAUGCAGUCUGUUGGAGCUGCUGGUUUGGGAGCUGCAGGAAAUGUUAUUGUGGGAACUACUGGAGCAGUUAUUGCUACUGGAACUACUGCAGCUGUAACAAAAAAAUGACACUUCAAUUUGAAAUAAUUGUUAUUCAUCAUACUGUCAUUCCCUUUUUUCGUAGAUUGGCUUGCUUUUAUAUUAUUAGUAGUAGUUUUGUUGCCUCAAAUACUGAUUUUAGUCAAGCUAAUUUUGCUAAAAUAUUUACAUCUGUAAUUACAGCUAUUGUAUGUGUGGACAGGUAUGUAAUGAAAUCUGUGACAAGCAAAAGCCCAUUCAUUGAGACAACCUUUUCACGUUCCUUUUAAGCGCCAGAAUGAAUACAUAACUUGAGUAACCAGUAACCAGUAAACAGUUCAUUCUUAAAAUCUUUCAAUCUGCUUUGUAUUGAUAUAAUAAUACAAUUUUGAAAGUGUGCACAGCCUGCAACCUACUCUCAGACACAUGAAAGUAUUGCCCCUGCUUAAUAUGGGAGGGGCUGGCUUUGUCAAAGCUUAUCUGCUGCAAAGGGAAGUUCCCCACUCAUAUUUGGCUGAACUAUGGUCUUCUCAAAGAAAUCAUGCAUUGCUUUAUUUCUGUCAUGUCUAAUUUUGUCAGUGCAGGCAAAAACUGACUGUCAUGAUGGGAAACGUAAAUCUGGUGGUGAUGAGCUGUUUUAUAAUGUCAUUGGAGUUGUCCCUGUUGAAGCAGCAGCAGCAAAAGCUCCAUUAGUAGUCAGUGGACUGGGAUUCACUGCUGGUGGGUUAGCUACUAACUCCAUUGGUGCCUCUAUUAUGUCUGCAAUGGGAGCUAAUGUAGCUAUUGGUGGUGUAGUAGCUACACUACAAUCAGUAGGUGUAGUAGCUACACUACAAUCAGUAGGAGCAGUAGGCCGGCCGACCAUGAAGGAAAAGCUGCUGUUUGCAUCUACUGGCUCAUUACUUAAUGCUGUUAAUGAUUCAUCCAUAAAUUAUCCAGGUACAUAUCUACAUGAUUCUAUUAUCGGAAGAUGUAUAAUCCUCUCGUUGGAGCAUCUAUGGUUGGAUCAACAGCAACAAAUUGACAAUUUUUGAUUCAAAUGAUUAAUUAUAUACAUGUACAUGUGUGUGACAUCUUUUUAAGAACAAUAGUUUAGUUACAGUGCAUGAUUGAGCAUGUAUGGGUUGUCUAACUUGUCUUGCUUUUUAUUGAUUUUGUUUAACUAAAUGAGGCGGGAUAUCACAGGGGUUAAACUUGAAAACAAACUGGUUAAUUUACUUUCAGUCUGGUAUUUUGGCAAAAAGUCAAUAUAAUGAUAAUUUUGAAGGGUAGUUCAUGCAACUCCGUGACAUAACUGUCAUUGUAAUAUUCCCAAAAGCAAGAGUACUCUUGUCAAAAGUACAUUGUAUUCAUAAUUAUUUUAGUACAAUAGCCUCUUACUAUUCAUUGUGACAACAGCAAGAGUAUAUCAACAACAAAAAUAAUGAUCAUAGUAAUUUUAUUUAAAUGAUUUGAUGUCUUUUGAUGUUAAUUUUAAUGCUCCUCCUUUGAAUUGUCCUAUUCUACCAUCAAGACUUUUAGGAGGUACAUCUCUCCAGAAUCCAGUCCUAUUAAGGAUAGAUGAUUAAAAUGUAGUAGGAAAGUUGUGCUGGUUAUUAAAUACAGUCAAGCCUGUAUUUUGGACUGGGCACUCUGAAAUAAGGACACCUCUGUCGGCAUCAGGACAGGUAUAUAGUAUCAGUAUAAAUGUGUAUUAAUGAACCACCAAGGGCAAGGCUCGGAAAGAGAAAAUAGCAAAAAACCCAGACCUAGCAAUAAUUAUAAUUAUAACCAAGAAGCAAAUAAAACUUUGCUUAGGACUAGUCUACCUUUUAUUGUCAUUCUUGAAAAAGUAUUAUUAAUUCAUUUUAUAUUUUGCCAACUAUUAUUAAAGUUAUUAAAGUUAAAUAGCCUAAGACUAAGAGUGGGCAUGGACGUGUGACAUGGCAUGUACAGUACACAGCUGGUUGAAAUUUAAAGACUGUUGUCACAAUGCUUUUCUCAAAGAAAUAUUUUGUUGCUUUGUUUCUUUCUUAUUUGAUAUUUUCAGUGCAGGCCAAUACUAGCUGUCCUGAUGGAUGUAAGGAAGAAAAAGAAGAAUCUGGCUAUAAUUAUUGGCUUAUUGGAGCCGCAGCUGUUGGAGGAGGUGUUGUAGCUGUGGCAACCGCUCCAGUGAUAAUCAGUGGACUAGGAUUCACUGCUGGUGGAAUAGCUGCAAAUUCCAUUGCUGCCUCUAUGAUGUCAGCAUGGGGCCCAACAGCAGCAGGUGGUGUUGUAUCUACAUUGCAGUCUGCUGGAGUUAUUGGGCUAUCUGUUGGAGCCAAAGUUGGUAUCGGAGCUGUUGGAGCAGUAAUAGGAGCUGCUGUUGGAACUGCAGCAACAAAACUUCAAUCAAAUGGUCAAGAGAUUUCUUUUAUAAGGAGACUAAUGGAUUCAACAGAAAACUUAAUCUAUCAGUUGUACUGUAUCACCUUGAUAUUGAUUGAUAUUUGUGAAUUUUUUAUAUUGAUAUUUGAUACCUUGAUUGAUAUUCGUACCAUAUUAAAUUGUAUUAAUUUUUAUUAAAAUAAUUUGACUAAACUGUCCAAUUCUAAAA